ACCAUAAUUGUGUGCUUGUUUGUUUGUGUGUGUAUAUAUUUAUGUAUGUAUGUUCUUGUACAUAUGUGUAUAUCAAUAUACAUUGAUAUACAGAAAUGUGUUACUGUUUAUAUGUUCAUAUUUAUAGGUUGUUUCCAAUUUUUAACCAAACAAAAUUUAACCCUUAUUCUUCAAUUAUAAAAUAAUAACAGACCAGUAAACAUUAUUUGUCUUAGGAAGUAACACACCCAAUCAUUAUAGAAAUAAACUAACAAUAACACCAAAAAAAGAGAAAAAAAACAGAAAAAAAUCAGAAUAAACUAAGGUCAUUACAAAGAAAAAAACUGGGAAAGUUAUGCACCAUAAAAUUUAUAUUUCUUAAUCUAUUAUGAAAUUCAUGAUAUUUAAUUGAUAAGCAAACUGAUAUUUGGAUUGAUAGUUUAAAAAUUUAAUAAUGAAUGAUUUUGAUGGAAUAAUGAAGUAUUCUCAUUAUAUUUUAUUGAAUCAAUAAAAAAAGACUGUCAGAAUAUUGAGAAGAAAGGAGAGAAGAAAAGAGAGAAAGAAAAAAAAGAGAAAAAAGAAAAUUAAAAGAAAAUUUUAAAGUAAUAUUAUAUGAUGUAAAGAAAAUUUAUUUCCAAUAUGUUGUUUACAUGUAUUUUAAUACAUUUCUUAUUAUCAUCUGGAAUAUCAUCAUUAGCUUUACAUGUAAAUUGACAAAUCAUCAGAAAAUUUUAUUCAACCGGAAGUAUAAAAUGAUAAUAUUCUAAAGAAAAGAAUGAAUAAUCUAAUAUGUUUAUCAUGAUAAUAUGAUCGAUAAUAAAACUUCUAAACAUAUCAAUAUUACUACAACGACAAUAACUACUACUGCUACUACAACUGUUACUACUAUUGUUGCUACUACUACUACUACUACUCCUGACAAUAAAGUGAAUACCAUAAAUUAUAUUCAUUCAUCAAAACCAGAAAUGUUGUCAUCAAUUAAUAAUAAUAAUAAUAAAUUUAUUGAAUUACCAUUAAUUGCAUCUUAUAGUAAUGCAUUUUUAGAAACAAUUGCUGAAGAGACAAGUGAAUUAGAAACAUCAGAAAAUGGAACAUUUAAUAAUGAAUUAAUUGAUAUAGAUCAAAUUAGUUUUUGUACGGAUACAGAAUUAAAAAUAAAUGAUAAUGAUUUAACAUCAAAUUAUGCCACUAUAAUGAUCAGUGAUAAUAAUGAACAAAAUUAUAUAAAUAAUAAUUCUUUAUCAAAAUUAUCAAAUAAAUCUUUAUUGAAUAAUACAUUUUCUAAACUUAAACAACAUGAACCAUUAUUGGAUCAUAAUAAUAAUAAUAAUAAUAAUAAUGUAAAGACUAAUAAUGGUAAUGGUGAUUUUUGGACUAUAAAUUUGCCUGUUACAUUGGAUAAUAGAAAAACGUUUUCAAAUAAUUAUAAAUUACAGAAACAAUUAUCAAAUGAACUUAAUUCAUCAAUAAUAAGAAAUGAAUAUUUUAAAAUUGCUAGUACUACUACUAAUACUACUAAUACUACUGAUAGUAAUAGUAAUAAUAAUAAUGACAAUAAUAGGAAUAAUAGUAAUAAUGAUGGUAAAAUUCAAGGAUUUGAUAGAAUACAUGAAGAGCUUAAAGAAAAUCAAAAAGGAUUUAUUAUGAAUAAAAUGAAUAGGACACAUAAAGAUUUUAGUUUACCUUUAUGGAAUGAUGAAAUAACUGAUGAAGAAUUAUUAAUAUUAUCAACGGAUUAUGACAAAAAUCAAUUAUGUUGGACAUUAACACCAAGUCAACCAAUAAUGACAUCUUCUUUGAAUUAUCAUAAAUUAGAUGAAAAUGUCAAAUAUUUAAAUGAUACAGGAAAUAUUCCCAAUUAUAGUGUUAUAUAUGAAAGUGGUCAUUUUAAAUGUACUCCAAAUGGUAAUACAAAAAACAUAUCAGGUCAAUUAAUAAAAGAUAAUUUUAUAACUGAAAACACUGUUGAUUCAUUUAUACAACCAUUGAAUUCAUCACAAAAUUUAUCAUCAACAUUCCAUCCAUUUGUUUCUGUAUCCAAUACAAAUAACAUAUGUAAAACUUCAAUACAGAAUUCAACACGAGCACAGUUUCCUAAUCUGUGCGUUCAACCAAUGAAAGAUGUUGAUUCUAGUUUCACACCUAAUUUGUCUACACAAAGUUUUAUUAAACAUUAUCCUGUUUCUAAUGAAAAACCAUAUAUUACAUCAAAUGAUUCAUCUAUAGAGAAUUCGAUGUCCUUUCCAUUUAUGCCCAAGAUGGUAGCAACAAGUAACGAUGCUAUAAAAGGUUGUCAUAAAGACUUCUAUAAAAACGCAAUGAAUCAGAAACCAUUAUGUACUGGAUAUAACUCUUCUUUCAAUAGUCAAUCAAUUAGACCCCUAAUCCCGAACUACACAUCGACAAACAUCCCCCGAGAUUCUGAUAAUAAACAUGAUGAUAACAGAUUGUUAUUUACGUCACAUAUCAGUCAAGAUGGAAGCUAUUUAACUGGUUGUUUGUCCAAAAAUUCCAUGGAUCAUCAAUCCUCUGUUAAAGGUUUGUAUGAUAAUUCAAACACGCUUAAUCAAACACAACAUUCUAGAUUACUAGACAGACAUACUAAUUCACAGUUAAAUAAUUAUCCUUUAAGUCAGACAAACAAUUAUACGAGUAUGUCUACAUUUAAAACAGCGUCACGUGACUUCUCCUAUACAUUACCAUCGACUAACAAUGACUCUAAUCAUUCAAUUUUUAUUACUCCUGAAAAUCCAUCUGAGAAAUGUUACAUGGGAGAGCAAAAUGAUAUCCACUCAAAAUUAGGCCAUCUUCAAACAAACUUUAGCACGUUGUCAUCCUCAUCAUUGUGUAAUCAGUAUAAAAAAUGUAAAGACAAAACAGACAGUUUACCACCUAUAUUAUUUGAAGAAAAACUUAAUUCAAAUGAAAUGACAUUCAAUAAUCAACCGAUAACAUAUCAUCAUGUUAAAAGUCCUGAUUUUAAGCCUAUAGACUAUUCAAAAUUGUUUUCAUAUUCUUGUCAACAAAAUCCUUUUGUCUUGAAUAAACAUGAGUUAAACGAGUCUAAACUAUCCUCAACAAAUUUUAAGUGCCCUACAAAUAGCAAACUUAGUAAUGAUAAUCCUAAAAAACUGGAUGACCAAAACCUUCAGAAUCUAGAAAUGAAUACAGUAAAAAAUUCCCAACCUAAUGAGAAAUUUUCUAGCAAACCGUCUAAUCUUGUACAACAGUCAAACUAUUCGGAAAGUUUAAAAGCAAAGUUGAAUGGUAAUAUUAAUAGUUUAUUUCGUCCAUUACAAAGAUCUCCAGCUGUUGUUGGAGUGAGUGAUCUACUUAUAAAAUCAGAUGCUGAAUUAAGUAGUAUAUUAGAAAAAGUGAAAAAUGGACAACAGAGUAAUUGUUCUGUAUCAGAUUCGCAAGGAGUAUUGAAUCAGACUAUUAGUAAUGAUGAUUCUAGUUCAGAUAAAAACAUAAGAAAUGGAGGGGCAAAUAGUAAUUCUUAUCAUGAUGAUUUAUCUCCGGCACGUAGGAGAUUUUUUCCACAAUAUUUGAGUCGUAAUGUUAAGCUGGAUAAUUCGACAGGGAUUUAUUGUCAAAACAAUGAUGAUAUGGAAGAGAAAAGAAGUUUUUAUGAUUAUGGUUGUGAUGAUGAAGAGGAUGAGGACAAAUUAGAUGAUGAUGAAGAGAACGAUGAUAAUAGUUAUCCAUGCCAAGAUGAUAUUCAUGUACAGAAUAAAAAAAUUUACAAUGAUCAAAAUUUAACAUAUUCAAACUAUGUCGAUAAGAACAAUUCUAGUGUAAUACAAAGAAUACGUGAUCUAGAAUUACAGAAUCAAUCGUAUCGCUGGGAGGAUGAUUGUUCACAUUCCACAGAUAAAUAUAAUUCUUCAAGUAAAAUUACUAACAAUAAUCUAACUAACUAUGGUAUUAACAACACUAUUAAUGAGAGACAGUUAGCAAGAAAUGAAAUUAGAACUGGUAACAUAAAUAAUGAUAAGGAAGUGCUUAGUAGUUAUGAAUGCGAAGAUAAUGAUGUGCCAUAUAUUGACAGUGAUUCGCUUGUGCUUGAAUAUACUCAUCUAAAAGAUUUCCUUCCUAGAAUAGCCGACUUGGAAGAAAUCACAUUGAGUUCAAGGAGAAAUUCAGUAGGAAGUAGUCCAUGGUUAGGUUUCUGUCAAAUGGAUAAUCAUAAAUUUGAUCAAAAUCAAUCAAUUAAUGAAUUGGUUCCAAGUAAAAUAACAGUAGAACAUGAUAAACAUGGAUAUGCACCGAUAAGACGAAGACGUGAUUAUCAUAGUUAUGACAGUUCUACACAAUGUAAAAAUAAAAGACGACAAAAAUGUGGUUUCAAAAAUUAUGUGGUUGUGUUCAAGCAUCAAGAUCUCAUUGAAACUAACAUAUUUGUUUAUUCUUAAAUCGGUCAUUUUUUUCUUGUUUUUCUACAUUUAUUUAUAUGAUGUAAGAGAAAAAAACAGUCAUUUUUCUCCUUUUUUUCUCUCUAAAUAUCAAGAAAAUUAUCAUUUUUACUUCGUUUUUUCUUUUUUUUAUUGAUUAUUGAUGUAAAUGUUUUGUAUUUUCUGUUUCCUAUACUUUGUUCUGUACAUAAUAUUCAUUUAUUAUUAUCAUGGCUGUAUGCUAUUUGUAUUGUAUAUUGGCGAUAUUUAAGUAUGUAUGUUUUGCAUCCAUUUGAAUAAUAUAUUUAUUAUUUCAUAUGCUCAUUCAUAUACAAAAUCACUCAUAUACUUACUUGGUUAAGUUGUAAUUCAUACAUACAUACACACAUACAUACAAGCAUACAUACAAACAUACAUACAUACACACAAACAUACAUAGAACAUACAUAGAAACAUACAUAUACAUACAGACAUACAGAUAAACAAUAAUUUUUUUUUGUUUUCAUUAUCUGACUUUCUUUUCCAUGGGAUCAACUUGUUUUUCGAACACUGGCUAAUAUUUAGUCAAUGAACUCAGGUAAGUACAGAAUAUUACAAAACAAAAUACAUGAUAAAUUACAAAUACAUAUACAUAUACACAAUAAUAUACACAAAAGAAUUAUAUUCAUAAAAUACAUUCUUCGAAUGUACUUGCCUAUUUCGAUAUUUUCUCCCAUUUUUUUAAAAUUUAUUUAUUUCAAUUUGAAUGAAAGUCAGAUGAAUUCGAAAAUUUUGUGCAAUUUUGAUUUUGUUUAUUAUUUCUUUCCCAGAAACAAGAAAAUACUGUAAUUCCUCUCUCUUUUUCUUUUUUAAUUUUUCUUUUGAUUUGGUGUUUAUGAAUCCAACUUUUCUUUUAUUUCAUUGAUUUCAUUAACAUUGUAAAAAAAGAAAGGUAAAUGUGAUGUAAUUAAUAAUAACAAUAGAUGAUUAAACUUCAUUUGUUCAUUU